GAGGCAGAGCGUUAACCAUGCGCACAUGAGAGUCGGAGACAGGAGAGAGAGAGGGGAGGGCAGCUGAGGGAGAAAAAAGGCUUAAUUAAUUCAGGGUGGAUGGGAGGGAUGUUGCUGCUGUCCCCGCCGAGGCUCCAGUGCCUCUGCUGUCGUGCUGCAUGAAGCCGAGUGUUUGUGUGAGCAGAGAGAGGACGACUCGGCUGCUGCUGCUGCUGCUGCUGCCGCCGCCUGCUCACUGGGAACCAGACACCAGUCCAGCCCAGCCACGACUCCACAUCCUGGAGCCCACUGACUGACUGACUGCCUGUCUGAUAGCUUCAGUAAAACAGGGAUGUUACAUGGACUACAGUGGGAGCAGCAAUGGCCAGAGGUCAGAGAAGGUGAAGACCUGCUGAGAAACCUCGUGACAUCUCCCAGUAGUUGGUUACUGUGACAGACAAUCAGCGUAUAUCCUCUUUGUUUUUGUACUUUGACAUUCAAAGGGACAAAAUCAACAUCUGGAGAACCUCAGCAAUACUCAACACACGACAGCAAUGAUCCUCUGCUGCAGCUAAACACUUGAAGAACCUGCUCAAUCGAACAUCGCCGUCGUCUCUGCCUCCUCCACUAACGACUACACGUGGCCUCAGAUAUCUCAUCUCUCCACCUCCUGUGUGCUCACACGGUGCUUGUUGUAAAGAAGUGGAGAUGACAUCCCAAAACCUCUUCGCCUCAGCCUUGUUACACAACUUGACCCAAGGAUAACCAUCAAUCCCCCUGAGCGGCACUCGUGGAUCAACGCACUCCCAGACACAGAGCCCGGCCCCCUGGCUUCAGGCAGUAUGGGAGACGGGAGCUGGGUGUGCCUGAGCCCAGCUGAGUUCACACAGCUGCAGCAGUACAGCGAGUACUCCUCCAAGAAGCUGAAGGAUGUGCUGGAGGAGUUUCACGGCGAAGGAGUCCUCUCCAAAUACAACCCAGAGCAGAAGCAAGACGUUCUCAACCAACCCAUUGAUUAUGAGGGCUUCCAGCUCUUCAUGACCACUUACCUGGAGAAUGACAUCCCAGAGGAGCUGUGUCAGCACCUCUUCACCUCCUUCAAGAGCAAAACAGGAGGCUGCUCUCCCGACCAGUCUCGGGCAGGAACAAGCUUACUGGAGGCCCGCUCCAUUGACGCAGGCAUCUCUAUUCAGACCGAAGUGGCCUGUGCCCCCAUUACAGGGAUGAACGGGAAGAGCAUCCUGUCUGCGAUGGGCCGACACACGCCGGAGCACUCCAGUGUGAUGAGCACAGCGGGCUCAGGAGCCACAACCUCCCCUUGUUCAUCUCGCUCCUCCUCGCAGCGUUCAGGGACAGGGGCCCACACACCUGGGGGGCCCCACCGAUCCCCCUGCACCCAGGUCAAAACCUCAGAGGGCAGCAGCAGCAAUGCACUGACUCCCAACGCUGGUCCUGCCAGGUCGCCGGUGUCCCCCAAACUCUCAUCAGAGAGGAGCCACUCUGAGAAGCACUUGUCACUGCGGAGGAGCCCGUCGCCCCAGAAAGGCUCCCCCCUGCCGUCGCCCCAGGUGGUGUUCCUCAAGGACAUCGUCUGCUACCUGUCCCUGCUGGAGAGGGGGACGCCGGAGGACAAGCUGGAGUUCAUGUUCCGGCUCUACGACACAGACGGCAACGGGGUUCUGGACAGCUCGGAGCUCGAUCGCAUCAUCAAUCAGAUGGUCCAUGUGGCAGAGUAUCUGGAGUGGGACUCAACAGAGCUGCGACCGAUACUGAAGGAGAUGAUGGAGGAGAUCGACUACGACAGAGACGGGACGGUCACACUGGAGGAGUGGAUCAGAGGAGGCCUCACCACCAUCCCUUUACUGGUCCUGCUGGGCAUGGAGACGAACGUACAGGAGGACGGGCAGCAUGUUUGGCGUCUGAAGCACUUCAACAAACCAGCCUACUGUAACUACUGCCAUACCAUGCUGCUCGGAGUACGCAAGCAGGGCCUCAGCUGCUCCUUAUGCAAGUACACAGUGCACGAACGCUGUGUGUCCAAAGACAUCGCCGCCUGCAUCAGCACCUACGCCAAGUCACGUAGACACACCAACGCUAUGCAGCAUGUGUGGAUGGAGGGAAACUCUCCGACAAAGUGCGACCGCUGUCACAGAAGCAUCAAGUGUUACCAGGGCCUGACGGGGCUGCACUGUGUCUGGUGUCAGAUCACUCUCCAUAAUAAGUGUGCAUCUAAUGUGAAGCCUGAGUGUGAUGGAGGCGCCUUGAGGGACCACACUCUGUUGCCCUCGUACAUCUGCCCCGUUGUCUUGGACCGCCAUUCUGUGGUGAAGCGUGGUGAGGGCGAGUCACCACCGAACACCAGCCCUGAUGACAUCAAUCAGACUUUCAAAUUCUCCCCUGGAGACGGACAGGCGCUGCAGAUCACUCCUCUGCCAGGUACUCACCCGCUCCUGGUGCUGGUCAAUCCCAAGAGUGGAGGCAGGCAGGGAGAGCGGGUCCUGAGGAAGUUCAGGUACCUGUUGAAUCCCAGACAGGUGUACACUUUGGACCAGGGGGGACCGAUGACGGGGCUCAACUUUUUCCAUGAUGUCCCUGAUUUCCGGGUGCUUGCUUGUGGAGGUGACGGUACUGUGGGCUGGAUCCUCGACUGUAUAGAUAAGGCCAACUUUGCCAGGCACCCUCCGGUGGCCAUCCUCCCUCUGGGCACAGGGAACGACCUGGCACGCUGCUUACGCUGGGGAGGAGGAUACGAGGGCGGCAACUUGCUGAAGUUCCUUCGAGACAUCGAGCACAGCAUAGAGGUGGUGCUGGACCGCUGGAACAUCGACAUUGUCCCCGAUGACAAGGAAGAGAAGGGAGACCCCGUCCCCUACAGCAUCGUCAACAACUACUUCUCUAUCGGAGUGGACGCCUCCAUCGCCCAUCGCUUUCAUCUGAUGCGGGAAAAGCACCCUGAGAAGUUCAACAGCAGGAUGAAGAACAAGCUCUGGUACUUUGAGUUUGGCACCACUGAGACCAUCUCUGCCACCUGCAAGAAACUUAACGAAUGCAUCGAAGUCGAGUGCGACGGGAUCAUCUUGGACCUCAGCAACACCUCCUUAGAGGGCAUUGCUGUGCUCAACAUCCCCAGCAUGCACGGCGGCUCCAACCUGUGGGGUGAGACAAAGAAGAGGAGGAACUACAACCGCAUGAGCAAGAAGGUUCCUGACAGGAUGCCAGCCAGCACCGUCACAGACGCUAAAGAGCUGAAAUUCUGCAUGCAAGACUUCAGCGACCAGCUGUUGGAGGUGGUCGGCCUGGAGGGGGCGAUAGAGAUGGGACAGAUCUACACUGGACUGAAGAGUGCCGGCCGCAGACUGGCACAGUGUGCCAACGUCACCAUCAGGACGUCCCGGCGGCUGCCCAUGCAGAUCGAUGGCGAGCCAUGGAUGCAGCCGCCCUGCACGAUCAGGAUCACACACAUGAACCAGGUCCCCAUGUUGCUGGGCCCGCCUCAGAAGACGCCGUUCUUCUUCUUCAAGAAACGCAACCGGAGCCGCGACUAGGACCUGUGCAUGCACACAGAAACACACACAUAUACAGUACACACACACACACACACACACGCCCACUGUACAGGCAGCUCCAUCAGAGGACUUGGAGUUUGAAAGUGGGAAGCUCGUCAAUGGGAUCAUGUUGUGGAACAUUCUUAACGUCAGGAUGCCUACAGACGAUUCAUUCCCAGAGGAAGCUGCAGUGAUGGCACCCGAAAUGAACUCUCAGUAUACAGUACCGACUUAUUCCUGUGUAACCAUCCUCCUCUAGUUCUCUAGUCCUCUAGUCUUCGUCCCAGCCAUGGAUUUAGCUGCAACAGCCAGGUCUCUCAGCCCAAGCCGCCCCCUGCCCAAAAAAACUCAGCCAUAAGCCAGUACCGCACUGCCCACUAAAUAUCCUACAGCCCUGGCUGCUGGGCUUCCCUCGCAGCCCAGAAUGAGGAACAGGAAGUGAUAGUUUGUAGGAUGAGAAAGAAAGAGCUCCAACACACUACACUGAAGAGCGGCAGUGAUCGUGGUUGUUUACAAGGCCGGUGAGUAAAUAGAGUAAGAUCCACCUCUUCGCUAAAACACCUGUAUGAAUAAUGAAACAGCGGUGGCUGGUAAGAGUGCUCGCUGCGGGGCCUCCCCCACAGACUGACAGCACGGUACAGCCGAGCGGAGGAAAAGCCUCAUCCAUUAUUGACUGCUUUUGUUUGUGGGUUGAUGGCAGCGGGGCAUAGCAGUGGCCUGGAAUGGGCUGAAACACGCAGGGAUUUUUGUCCCCUUUAGCAUCACUGGCCUAAAAAACAAACCCUUUAACACAAUAUUCAGAGACUGGGGAGAUGAUCCGGCCGCAGACUUCCGUCAGAGGAAGUUCCUGUUCAGCUGCGCACAGUUAUGGCUGCACAAAUUGAGUCUAGAUUGGAAGUAGAGAUUGGAGAAAUUGUAGAUGCUUUCUUGAAGCUCCAGUGUGUUGGACUGAGGGGGAUAUGAAAAGUGUGUUUUCAUUCGUGUAUAAUCAGCUGAAAAUAAGAAUCACUGUGUUCUUGUUACCUCAGAAUGAGACAUUUAUAUCUACACAGGGAGCAGGUCCUCGUCUACAGAGAUCACCGUGUUGCACCGCCAUGUUUCUACAGUCGCCCAGAAUGGACAAACCAAACACUGGCUUCAUGUUUUCGCCUGGCCGUCAUGACACUUCUGAGAUGACUAAGUCAGAAAAACACAGAUUUUUUUUCAGAUUCCUCUGUGGAUAAUUCAGCUCCUUAUAAAAACCUCCUGACCAGCAGGGGCCGGCUGCA